CGCGUCGCCGGGUCCCGCUCGGUGUCUGGCGGCGGCGGCGGCCGAGGCAUCGCCGCCGUGACCGGGCCCCGCUCGACACCGCCACCGACCCGCCCGGCACCGUGGGGCCGACCCGCGCCCGGGGCUGCCCGGCCCCCCCCUCAGCUCGUUCCGCGGGGCGCAGAUCUCCAGCUGUGUACAUCCAUGAAUUGAGCACACUGUAGGUGUUUUUCAGCUCGACUGUCACCAGUUCUGAAGCUUAGGUUGCUGUCUGAAACAGAGAGAUUGAGUUUUAGAGGUGUGUGGAGGCCAUUACCACUUACCUUAGAACAUUCCAAAUAGAUCCCAGGGGCCAGUUCUCUCUUCAGGUCAGUUGAGGAUGGCAGACCAGAGGCAACGCUCGCUCUCUACCUCCGGAGAAUCCUUGUACCACGUGCUAGGCUUGGACAAGAACGCCACUUCAGAUGACAUCAAAAAGUCAUACAGGAAAUUGGCAUUGAAAUACCAUCCUGAUAAAAACCCUGAUAAUCCAGAGGCAGCAGAAAAGUUCAAAGAGAUCAACAAUGCCCAUGCAAUACUGACAGAUGCCACAAAGAGAAACAUCUACGACAAGUACGGUUCCCUGGGGCUCUACGUGGCUGAGCAGUUCGGCGAAGAGAACGUCAACACGUACUUCGUGCUGUCCAGCUGGUGGGCAAAGGCCUUGUUUGUGUUCUGUGGGCUCAUCACAGGCUGCUACUGCUGCUGCUGUCUGUGCUGCUGCUGUAAUUGUUGCUGUGGGAAGUGUAAACCUAAACCUCCUGAAGGCGAAGAGCAGGACUUCUACGUCUCUCCAGAGGACUUGGAGGCACAGUUGCAGUCAGAUGAAAGGGAGGCCUCAGAUGCACCUAUUGUGAUACAGCCAGCAUCAGCCACAGAGACGACCCAGCUCACGGCCGACUCGCACCCCAGCUACCACACCGAUGGAUUUAACUAAGCUAAGGAAACACUCUCAUUAGAAUGGAUAAGAAAAAACAAAUACUACAUGGCCAACUCAACACUAGAAUCAUGAACAUUAGCCGUAGAGAGCGGGGAGGGGGAAUCAUCCUGCCACAGUAAGGAGGCAGCUUUCCAACCUGCCGACAACAUUUUGUAAUCCCUUCAGCCUUUUGUCACCUUUCGGUGUCGUACCUGGAUGACACGUGAAGUGCUGUAGCAUGCAGUAUUUAAAGCAGUUUAGCUACGGUCUCAUGUUUGUUUCCUUUCCUUUCUGGUUUUUUUUCUGUUGUCCCCCCCUGGUUUUGGUUGGGUUUGGGGUUGUUUUGGUAGCAUGUGCGGAGUUCCGUUCCGUGUCUGUGGUGUAACGUGUUGAGUUGUCACGGUGUCGGUGUGAUGGAGACAUUCUGCAUUUUUAAGCAGUGGUACUGGCCUCAAAGGUGAGAUGUCCAAAGUUCCACAGGAGCCACCACUCUCCCACACAGCUGAGCUGUCGAGGACCUGACAAAGAUCACGGUUUUCAUUUGAGUGCAAGCAACCGACUCCUUUAUUCCUCCUCCUCUCCUUGCGUUCUUACCUAAGCAAGUUUACAAAGCCAAGAACCAAAACCCACCAGUCCUGCAGAGCUGGGGUUCUCUCUAGUGCUGGUUUGCAGCUGAAAUAAAUCCACCUUGCCUAAUGAGAAGGGAGAGCUUCCAGCCUUUGAGCAGUGAGUCGAUGAGCAGCCCUUUCCGUGCGAGGCCGCCCUCAGCGCAGCCGCUCCCCGCGGUUCGCCACUAACGCAGCCGGCUGGGAACGGGCUGAGGUGCUGCUGGGAUCUCCACUCCCAAGCACAAAGCUGCUUUGGUUGGACUCAGGUUGUGUUGCUGAAAUGCUAAAGACCAAAAUGAUGCAGCUUCUGUCGAGUGCAUGAGAGUCUUAAAGUGAAAUGCAGCCAGUGGGCAGCGGCAGGGACGGGUGGAAGCAAAAAGGGGUUUUAGAGGUCUGUCCUAACGAGUCGAGCUUCUAACAGACAAAUCAGGCAUUACAUGUCUUUUUUUAGAAGCUUUUCUAAUACAUUAGUCCUUUAAUUAUCUCAUCUUUGUGGGGCUUGAAGAGGCAGGCAGCCUUCUCUGUGUUUCUGUUGUAUGAUCUGCACCUUGUCUCUCGUUUAGGUUAUUUUACACCGGCACUGGGGGUUUUGUUUCCUCAGAACCAUUGUGGGGAAGCCAUUGAAAGGUUUCCUGUGCUGUUUUGAAACCAAACCGUGUUUGAAUACUGCUCUGGAAGCUGUGGGUUAUUCAGAUUUAGCUGUUAAAAGAGCAUUUCAGGCAGCUGCUGCAUUGCUGGGAUAUGUUAGUGAUGGUGAUCCUGCUGGAGAUGAUACAGAUUGAGGACUUGGAACAGCUCCCAGAGAAGCUACCCUUGGCACUUUUAGUGCUUAAUUACAGCCCCUUCCAUUUUGAUCUUUAUAGUUUUAUAUCACAAAGCCUCUGCUGUCUCUUGCACCCCCUGUCUCCCCCUUUUCCAUUUCCCACCUGUUUCUGUUGAGAGGCUCUUCCCAGCCUUGUGCUCGGCGUUUGCUGCUCCUUCACAAGACCCAGGCGUCCCUCUGAAGGGGCUGAAGCACCAUCAGGCCGUAAGGAAACCUCCAGGAGAGGAAAGAGACUCUCCUGCCACAGAGUCCUUCUGAAUUCACUUUCACACUGUCUUUGCUUGAGCCAAGGAUGAUGGAGCAUAAAGAAUCCGGACGUGACAGCACAUCCAACGUACUGGGUGGACAGAAACAUCCUCCCUGUGCUCUUGAUGCUGAGAGAGGGAUGUUUCCAGAGUCAGGCUUUCCUGUUCACACUCUUGUCCACUCCUUUCCUCCUCGGUGAGUAAUCCCUUUGGACCUGAGACUUGCUGGUUUACUGGAAGAUACGUUUUUUCUGUCUGGAAUACUUUCUUGGAUGGCCUUGAGGACAGUUGUGUAUGUUUUGGCUUGAGGACUUUAUUUAAUUCAAGGCUUUCUUUGACCCCUUGGGAUGAAAAGCAGUUUUUUAGGCUUAAAAACCAUAAUCUCACAUUGGCUGUGCUUGUGGAUUUCACCUGUUCUUGAUGCUGGAUGCUGGAUGCUGGAACAGGCUUGAAUAUCUGCAGGCUUUCUCCCCAAAACCCUCCCUGGUUCAAGUUGCCUUUGUCUGUGCAACUUAUGGCCUUGGGGGAAAAGCAAAAAGUGUUAGAGGGGUUUGGAUUGGCUUUGUGAGGGGGUGUAGUGGGUAGAACGAGGCAAAGGCUGUUUCCAGGUGCUGUGUCAGAUGCCGUGUCCAUCCGGACGGGUGACAGGGGGCCAGUUGUUCCAGUCAUUGCUCUGCUGGGGGCAGGCUGGAGGUGUGAAUUCAGAAUAAUGUUCAUAUUUCUUAACUCCUUUGUGUUACUUGCAGCCAGCUAAAGAGGCUGGGGGGAGCUGUGGCUCUGGGGAGAUGUGUAACGUCCUUGGAGUCGCUCUGCGGGCACUGUGGGCAGCAAACGAGGGUGGGAGGCGAUGCCAUUCCCUGCCUGGAGAUGACACUGGGGGAAGUGUGCAGUUUGGCUCUUUGAGAGGGGCUGCUUUCCCCUCAGCUGGGGCUGUGGGCAGCCUGGCAGCAGCAAAUGGCUGUUACGUGCCAGAAUAAGGUCGGAUGCUCCCAGGGAAACCUCUGUGAGCCCCCAGCUACAGGGGAAGAUGGGAAACACGGCUGUAGAUGGACCCUCAUGGGGUUUGGAAUGGUGUUAAGUUUGCCCACUUCCCUCUGUAUCUUUAAAUUCCAGAUGAUUGUGUAUUAAUCUAGUUCUUUGAGCUACAAAGCUACAAAGCAAAGCCUGUGUAACCAGACUGGAAGCGGCUCAAUGGCCGCUUCUUUCUGCUCCUGUAGGUGAGGCACAGGAGUGUCCCAGGCUCUGACACGGGUUGCACUUGCCAACAGCCAAGUUGAAUCCCAGGAAAUGCAAAGUUGUGUUGGGAAUGUGCUGGGGAGGCUCCCUCACAGCCCCAGGGCUGCAGCCCAGUACCUGACUUAGUGCAGAAUGUUUCCUUCCAAAAGCAAACCUGCUGCUCUCUGUCCAGUGUGUUGCCAGAGUUAAAACUUGAGCUUUGAGUUGAUUUUAUAGAGAUGCCUAUUUUUGCUUCUUAAAAGUUUGUGUCAUGUCUUACAAGUUGCCUCAGACUCCCUUGCUGUCAUUCAGCCACCCUCCUCCAGCUCCUGGAACCUCCUCAGCACUGAUGUUCUCAGCCCUUGUAGCUCCUCCUGAGGAGGAGUGUGAGGAGACCCUGAUCUGGAGAGCGUCUGCUGAUUGGCUUUAAGGACCACUGACUUUCUUCUCCAGCUGUAGCUUAGGGCAACGAGAGGAAGCUGCUGCCUCCCUUGGGGUCCAUCCCUUGGGAGGAGGAGGAGGAGGUGGGGGGUGGUGCUGAGACUGCCUGUCCCCCCCAGGAGGGGGAAAUCCCCACAUACCCUCUAGUACAACCAGCUGUAGGUUCACUGUGAGUGACCCAAGGGGUGCUGCACCCAUGAGAUGCCAGUUGCAUUUGUUAGGGAUGUUUGUAGGCAAUUCUGAGCUCUUUAUCUGUAUAUACAUUGGUUCAUGUCACCCUCAGUGGCAGCUGCUCGGGGGUGGGUGGGUCCCUGUGGGUUCCAGCAGUGCUGUUUUAGAGCCAUGUUAUCUUUUUAGUCUCCUUUGUAGAUUUGUAAUCUUUUUAAACUGCUUUAGAUAUCAGUGCUCAUCCUGGCCUUCAAAACAUGAUGCUCCUCGAGGGCUGGCUCAGCACAGCCUGAGGUCUGAGGAGAAAGGCUGCCAGGAGGAGGAGGAGAAAGAGGAGCACUUGAGGGGUGCAGAGAGACACCUGCAGCAGAGCUGUGGUCAGGGAAGGAAGGAUUUCAACCCCCUUUGUUCUGUAAAUGCUGUGGGUGUCACCAGGGCAAAGCCACUCCUGUCCCAUCCAUCAGGGGCCUUGGGGGUGCUGCUUUGGAGGGUUACAGCAGAGCACUUGCACUGUAGACACCCUUGAGAGCAGGACCCACAGCCCUUGGCCAGUUGAUGCCCUUCCCUGUCCUCCCCAUUACCAGAUAACUGGGGGAGGGUUUUUGCACCAUCGAUUUUCCCCCUCACCCCGAUGCAACCAACGCCACUUGUACCAGGGAGGGGAGGCUUUUGCAGCCCCCACUUUGUGUUGAUGAUUCUGGGUGUUGUUUAAAUCCACUUCAAUCUUGGAGCUGGGAAAGGUGGCUCCCCCCAGGACAAGUGUUUGUAGCAUAAGGUCAGUGUAAACUUCACGUGCUGUGUCAUUUGCUGCACGGUGGAAAUCAUCCAGUUCCUGGUGUGUCAUUGCACCAACACCUGCUGAAAACACCCAGAGAGAAAUGUCCCUGUGAGCUAACAGGGCAGCAGGAAACCUGUCCCACCACAGCUGUGCUCUGCUCCACAUCCCAUGUGCUGGCCAGGGCCUGGCAAGACUGGAAUCCCCAUUUCCUUCCCCAAAGGUGCUUUUGUACAAGCAGAAACUGUGUGAGGGAAACCCUCUGUCCUUGGACAUUGGCACAAGCCAGACAAAGACAGCCCUUCCUUUGGAAAUCCACUGGCAGCACCCUGUGUGCAGGGAGCUGUGCUGUCCAAAGGUGAGAUGCUGGGAAUUGCUGGUGGGUAUAUGUAUAUGUAUAUGUAUAUGUAUAUGUAUAUGUAUAUGUAUAUGUAUAGCCAUUCAUCCUGGAGUGCUGUGGUCCUCUGCACCCCCUCUCCCCACACCCUGGGCUGCAUUCCUGGGGGCUGUGAGCAGCCUCUUGUCCUCCCCUUCCCAAACCCCAACGAUUUACUUGAAUCCUGGGAGCUGCCCCUCGUCCCCAGCCCCUCGAGCCGGAGCUGGGCUGUGCCUGCUCCAGCUGCCCUCAGAAGGGAAGGAAACCCCCAGGAUGUGGGGCAGGAGCUGCCUGUGGAUGUUUCCAGGGGGUGUUUCAGCCCUGGCUGGCGUGGAGGGCUGAUGGAACACGUGGAUCUGGGGGUUUCCUUGUGCUUGUGCCCGCGUUGCAGUCUCCGUUGCCAUGGCCCCCUGUGCUGCCACCUCACGUGUAUGUAUGUAUAUAUGCACAUAUGUAUAUAUUGAUGGGACAGCUGGGCCCUAGCUCUUGCUGCUGCUUUGCCUUUGGUGGUAAAAACAUGAACUUUGGCUCAACGUGGUGCUGUGAACUCAGCCAGAGGAGCAGGAGGUGUGAGUUCUGCCUGGCCAGGAUUGUGCCGUUUCCUUUCAGCUGCAGCAAAAGAAACCCGACCGAGGUCUGUGGGGUUGGAUGGCUGGUGAAGGAGGGGGGGAGGAAGCUGUUGGGUGAAGCAAGGGGUGGGAACAGCUGUUGGAAAAGGGCUCGUGGUUGCUGCAAAGUGGCCAGUGUGAGGUGAGGGCUGUGGCCCGUGGAGCUGAGUGCCGCCAAGUGGCUUCUGCUGGAGCUGGGUGACACCUGCAGCCCCCCUGCCCGGGCCCAGGGGCUGUGCUGAGGUGUGAAACCCAGCAGGGAGGAGGAAUACUGGGGCAGGGGGGUGGAUCCCAUUAUCUCCUACACAUGUGAAGUUCUGUCUGUCUGUCUAUCACAGUAUCUGAGCCCUGAGCUUUGCCAUGUUCCCUCACCCUGCCCGGGGCCCACCGCCACCAUUCCUCCCUCCUCCUCACCCCCUCUGCCCGCCGUGCCCAGGCUGGGGCUGUGUCCUUUGGGCUGUCUCACCCCAGGGUGGGGGGCUUCAUCCUCAUUUUGCAUGUGAGCAGAGCCCUGAUCUCACUCCUUCCCAGCGAGAGCCGUUGGCGUUGGCCUCUGGUCGGGACCGUGUCUGCGUUUGCACUUCAGCUCGGGUGGGGUGUGGGAGGGAGCCCAAAAAGCUGUGUAAAAACAACCCCCAGGGGAAGCAUAAAUGCAUCUGGGGGGGAAAAAAAAGAGCAAUUAUAAUAUAGACAUAUAUAUAUUUUGUUAUGUUACUGAAGGACCAUCCUUUGGGUUGUAUGUAAGUAGCUGUGGCUGUCUGUGGAUCGUAGCACUCGAUACUACUGAGCUCCUGUACAUACCCGCGGGCACGGCAGAGGGACUGAGCUGCUGUUCUAGCAUGGUAAUUUGUGUAUUGUAUGUCUGAAUAUCAACUAAAAAUAAAGAUUGCUAAGUUAUCUGAA